AUGGAUAAUGAUAAAGAAACCAUCGAUGCAAAAGCUAUAGACCUAGACGAUGUGUUGACUAACGAAGCAGGAGAGUUUGGCUUGUUCCAGUUGAGGACUACUCUCUUGCUCGCUAUACUUGUCAUAACAUUUGGCACAAUACAGGACUAUGUGUUUUCAACUGCCGCAAUACCUCACAGAUGUCGCAUCCCAGAAUGCGGUGAAGAUGAAAAUUUACUCAAACAUAAUCCCGAGUGGAUAAAAAAUGCGGUUCCAGAAUAUACGACAGGGUUGGCCAGCUGUGAAAGAUAUGCCACUAUUGGCUUGGAACAUAACGGGACCUCAGAUCACUGCCCUGCCAGUCUGUUUGACCAGUCCCUAACAAUUCCUUGCGAGGAUUUGGUAUACGCCAAGGAUAAUACAGUAACAUAUGAGUUUGACCUUGGAUGUGCCGAGUGGCUGAGAGUGUUGGCGGGCACUUUGUACAGCGCCGGGACGUUACUUGCACUCGGCAUUACUGGUGUCAUCUCUGACAACUUUGGCCGGAAGGUAGCCUUGAUGCUCAAUGUGGUCAGUCUAGGUGUAUUUGGUGUGAUGCGAGCUUUCUCCGUGAACUACACCAUGUACCUGAUACUACAGCUCGUGCAGAGCGCUUUGGGCUCCGGAGCUUCUACUACAGCGUAUAUCAUGGCUGCUGAGAUAGUCGGCCCGAAAUACCGUAUUAUUGUAGGAGUUUCUUGUACAGCAAUGUUUGCGACAGGAGAGGCAGUGCUGGGCGCUGUUGCGUGGGCUAUUUCACCUUGGCGAAGAGUGUGUACAACGCCAUUUUGGUGGAUUGCUAUGAUCUUCGGCUACUACGGAAUGUCCAUCAACUCCACCAGUCUCUCUGACACCAUGCACUUGAAUUAUAUUUUGGUGGCGGUCAUCGGGAUUCCUGCCUUUUACGUGUCAGCGUUCGCUUUGGCCAGGAUCGGCAGAAGAGCCACUAUUUCUUCAGACUUCCCAAUUCUGCGCCUACUAGUUUACCUACUCGGUAAGUUCUUCAUCUCACUGGUGGGGACAGCGCUGUACCUGUACACGCUGGAGCUGUACCCGACCGAGUACCGCCACACCUUGCUCGGCUUCUCCUCCAUGCUCGGCCGCGUUGGGGCCAUCCUAGCGCCGUUGACCCCUGCACUUAUGACAUAUUACCACGGCCUUCCGUCGUUGCUGUUCGGAGGCAUGGCCGCCAUCGCUGGUCUGCUGGCGCUCACUCAGCCGGAGACGCUGGGCUGCAAGCUGCCCGACACCUUGGAGGAGGCAGAAGCCAUCGGAACGCCAAGCCUCAAAAUAACUUGA